AUGAACCCGGAACAAUUACUAGAGUGCGAACGGGUAGCCAUAGAGGUGGCCAUAGGAGCGGGCGCUCUGAUGCGUUCGGCGCGAUCGGGCGGCCGUCUGGUCGUCAGCACUAAAGCCAAUAACACAGAUCUGGUGACCGAAACGGACAAACAGGUGGAGCGGUAUGUCUUCGACAGCAUUCGCCGACACUUUCCCGACCACCGGUUCAUUGGCGAAGAGUCCCGAUAUGAGGGCACCGGUAGUGAAAAAGGCCUGACAUCUCACCCCACGUGGAUUAUAGACCCCAUCGACGGUACGAUGAAUUUCGUGCACAACAAUCCCCACACAUGCGUUAGCAUAGCGUUGACCGUCGGCGGCCAACCGGUGGUCGGUGUAGUGUACGGCCCGUUUGUUGACCAGCUAUACGCGGCCCGGACGGGGGCCGGCGCCCGGUGUAACGGUCAACCGAUAUCCGUCCGGAAAAACUGUCGCAAACUGUGCGACGCUUUGGUAAUCUCGGAGCCGGGCAUCGGUGGGUGUCGUGACGCCGACGCCCGCCGGGCAGAUAUGGCCAACAUUAACGCCGUUGUGUGGCUCUCGCAUGGGUUCAGGUGUCUCGGGUCGGCCGCACUGAACCUAUGUUAUGUGGCCGAAGGGGCGGUCGACGCCCUCUGGCAUUUCGGUAUACAUGUGUGGGAUUACGCGGCCGCCGGUCUCAUAGUGACUGAGGCCGGAGGUGUUUUGUUGGACACCGAGGGCGGGCCCGUUGACUGGUGCCGUAGGCGGGUGAUAGCCGCCAGUACACCUGAGUUAGGCCAAGAGCUAAGUGCUGCCCUUGUCGAGCAUUUAGACUAUGAACGUGAUUAG